AUGUACUUCUCUUUUGAAACAAUUCCAACCUUUGUGUGGGUAUUCAUUGCUACCUUUGUUAUUUAUUGGAUUAAGGAUCCAAGAUUAAGUAACAAUGAACCUCCAAUGGUUCCUUAUAAAAUUCCUAUAAUCGGCCCUACAUUAGAUUAUUUAUUUAAUGCCGAGACCGGAAACGAAAUUUCUCAUGAAGUUUAUAAAUCCGAUGCUUUUAGUAUGUACAGCGCUCUGGAUAUAGUUGAAUAUUUAUUGAAUAAUCCCGAAUACAAAACAAAAGUUAUUACUGAUGAUAACUUGAAUAAAAUCCGUGACUUUUUGUUUAUUCUUUUUGUUGUCUUUACUCAUACCACUUCUUUUCAUUUUACUUGUGCUCUUUAUGAAAGACUAGAAUUAUGGGAUGAUAUUUAUGAAGAACAAGUGAGAAUUGAUAAAGAAUGUAAUGGAGAAUUGAUAUCUCAACAUAUUAACAAAAUGGUGAAAUUGGAUAGUUUUCUGAGAGAAUCUUUAAGGACUUUUGAUUCUCUGCCUCUACCCACAGAUGUUUGGAAUCACAUACAUUAA